AUGGCUGAAACUGUGGAUCAGGGACUGGCGAAGCCUGACCUGGGGUCUGUACGCCGGCAGCCAGCAAGGGCCCCCCAGCCCCGUGCCUCGGCAUUUUGUUACGGAGCCGAAGGUCUCUUUUCACCGCGAAGCGCUGACGUCAGACCACGAGCAGUGACUACGCGGGAGCCAACGUGCCCCGACUGCCUGGGGUCAGGACAACGCGAGACGCGCCGUUUUAAAACGCGCAGCGUGAACGCGGACGCGCAGCUGGGACAUGUACCCCGUGGCCUAAUCUGCCACCCCGACAGGGAACACCUGGUGUACCCGCUGGGGUGUACCGUAGUCAUUCAGAAGCUGCAGGAUAAGCAGCAGACCUUCUUGCGCGGCCACACCGAUAGCAUCACCUCUGUCGUCCUCUCCAGGGACGGGGAGUAUGUGGCUUCUGGACAAGUCACUUCCAUGGGUUUCAGGGCAGACAUCAUUCUGUGGGAUUUCCAGAAGAAGGAAUUACUUGCUCGGCUGUCGCUGCAUAAGGGUAAAAUUGAAGCACUAGCGUUUUCUCCGAACAGCUUUUAUCUGGUGUCCCUGGGAGGCCAGGACGACGGCAGUGUAGUGGUGUGGGACGUUGCAAAGAGAGAGCUGAUCUGCCAGGGGCCGGCCUCGCCGCGCACCGCCGGGAACGCGACCAUCGUUGCGUGCUCCAGCUGCAGAGACAGCGUGUUUGUUACUGCUGGAAAUGAGACCAUUCAAGUAUGGGAAGUGGAUAUACUGACUGGGAGAAUGCAGCCGACGCUGUGCCGGACAGGGCAUCUGAGAAGAGUGGUCACCUGUGUUACGAUGUCAGAUGACGGUACGUAUUUCUGUGCUGGCACAUCAAGUGGUGAUAUCGUGAAAAUGAGUACAAGCGACAAGGUGAUGAUUAGCUUUGGGCCCCAGAAGCACAAGUUUAGCUUGGGAGUGACAGCUUUGCGUUUGCUGAACAGAGGAAAUUCAAUAGUCUGCACUGGAGGAGGGAUUGUAGCUCUCUGUGUAGGCCCAAACUACAAAGUGAUAAAGAAAGUUCAAGUUCAAGGUGGUGUCACUUCCAUGACAUGUAGAGGCCAGGGUCACCAGUUCUUUGUAGGGACAAAUGAGUGCCAGAUUUACCGAUUUAACUACACCGCGUUUAAAGAGGAGCUGAUUGUUGUCUCUCAUAAGGAAGCCAUCCACGACGUUGUUUUUGUUCCGGGAAUUUCCGACUUGUUCGCUACCUGCUCCAAGGGUGAUAUUCGAGUGUGGUACACCCCAGAUGGCAGGGAGCGCCUGCGAAUCGUCGUCCCCAACCUGACCUGCCAUGCCGUAGAUAUUACGAAGGAUGGCUUCAGCAUCAUUUCAGGUUGGGAUGACAGCAAAAUCCGCGCCUUCACACCAAAGACUGGACGAGGAAUGUAUGUGAUUGAGUAUGCCCAUGGCUUGGGAGUGACGGCAAUUGCUGGUACAAGUGACAGUAAACGGAUCAUUAGUGGAGGCGGUGAAGGGCAGGUGAGAGUCUGGGAGAUUGGUGAGAAGACUCAGAAACUGGUGGAAGUUCUGAAGGAGCACACGUCUGCUGUGUCCUGCAUUCAGAUUAAGAAGGACGACCGAGAGUGCGUCACAGCCAGCCUUGAUGGAACGUGCGUCAUCUGGGAUAUUGUGAAUUUUAGAAGAAAACAGAUGGUCCUAGCCAACACGAUGUUCAAAUGUGUGUGUUACCAUCCCGAGGAGUACCAGAUAAUCACCAGUGGAACAGACAGAAAGGUUGGAUACUGGGAAGUAUAUGAUGGCUCUUUAGUCAGAGAAGUGAGGGCAUCUGAAUCAGGCCCCAUCAAUGGGAUGGACAUCACAUCAGAUGGGCCGUGCUUUGUCACAGGUGGUGACGACCAUCUGGUGAAGCUGUGGGACUAUAACGAGGGCACGGUGACUCACGUUGGAGUGGGCCACAGUGGCAACAUCACCCGCCUCAAGAUCUGUCCGGGGAAGAAGUACAUCGUCAGCGUGAGCGCGGGUGGUGCCAUCCUGGUCUGGAAAUACCCAGCCCUGGACUGA